GUGCGUGCAAUUACGUCCAUAGGUGGUCUCUGCCGUAGUUAUAUUACGUUAUUAGGCUUACGAAAAAAUGUAGAUAUUCAGUCAAAAACUGAUAAUUGAAAUUAGGAAAGUCUAUACUUUGUUACUAAACAACCAUUGGAGUUUUUGAUAGGACAUUUGAUUUUCUCUGGAUGAGAGCUCCCAAAUUGUUAUGUAUUUUGACUUCAAAGAGCUUGUGAUGUUCUAACAAGUCAAGGAAUCAACAGAACAUUGGCUUAUUAGUAAAAAGAAAGCAUAAAGUGGUCAUGAAUCUUAAUUUUCAGUUGUUAAAAUUAAAAAACAUGAAUUCUCUUUGUCACCAAGCAGAUUCAUAAGUGUAACAGGGAGUUGAUCCUGUAUGUCUGUGGAUUCUCUAUUAGAAUAAAUUUUUACAUUCUUAAUUAUGGCAUUAUGUAUAUUCUACAUAACUGAAAGUUAGCCGUUUCUUUUUUGAGUUCAUGUGAAACAAAGAUGACUGAUAGUAAGAAUUUCUUUGGACCUCCAUUACCUCCAGGUUUCAAACAAGUACAUUCUGAUCUUAAAGGUGAAGAUUUUGGAGAACCUCAAAGUUCAAAACAUAAUGUUAUUGGACCAUCUUUGCCAUCAGGUUUCAUAAAACACGAUAGUGAUAAAUCUAGUGAUAGUGAACCAGAAGCCCAUGUAGCAAGUAGUACAAGUAAUGACUCCUCCAAAAAUGGUACCACUUCAAGCUUAAUAGGACCAGGGGUUUCAGGAUCUAGAAAAACAGAGAGUAAUAAUGUAGUAGCAGGUCCUACAUUUCCCCCAGGAUUUAAACAGUCUUUUGAACCUAGCAAUUCAGACAGUGAUUCAAACUCAGAGACUGAUAUUAUUGGGCCUUUGCCAUCAAUGGCCAUUGAAAAAGAGACAGUAAUGGAUGUGUCUCAGGAAAUUGAAAGGAGAUCAAAGAAAAUGAAGAACAAACUUGAAGGAAAUGAUGACCUGAAGAAUAAAGUUCCUGCAAGAGAGACCUGGAUGAUAGAAUUACCACCAGAUGUUGGGAAACAAUUUGGUUUAGGCCCUCGAUCAUUUAGUAACCAGACUACCUCUAGUAAAGGACAGGAUCGAUCAGUUUGGACUGAUACACCAAAAGAUAAAGCACAAAAACUACAGGAAGGAAAAAGCUCCAGUAAACCUCUGCUACCAGAGCCACAAGUUUUGGCUCAAGUAACUAAGGACAAAAAGUUGUCCAAACAACUUAAAGAAUACAAUAAAUCUAAACGAUCCAAGACACUUCUAGAAAUUCACCAGAAGAAGAUGAAAAAAAAGAAAAAGAAAAAAGACAAGCGUGAAGAGAGAAAACCAUUUGACAGAGAUACAGACCUGCAAGUGAAUUGCAUAGAUGCUUCAAAAACCAAGGGAAUUAUUGACAAGGCUCGUUUUCUAAACAGUCGAUUUGCACCUGGGGCUAGCCACUUUUUAUAACACAAGAGCAAGUGGGAGUUUGCAGUUUUCUUUUGUGUGUUAAAAGAAGAAUGUAGAAGCCUUCUUUGUGCUUAUUUUAACAUGUAAAGAUGUCACACAAUUCAUGAAGAAGAGGAGUUCACAUGCAAAUCUAGCUUCUAGUUACUACAGGAAGAAGCUUCUCAUUGUAGAAAUAAAUAAAAAUAUGCUUUCAAGUUAAUCAUCAUCAUAGAGCAUCAUUGGUUACUUCCCUUUUUUUUGUCAUCUUAGACAAAAAUAUAAGUAAAUUUUGUAGAUUUCUGUAUAUGUGUUCCAACUGCUGUUUUAGCAAACCAAAGUAGUUUGCACUCAGAAAUUAUUUGUAGUGAUAGAGUAAAAUAUCCAGAUUCCCUUCUCUG